AUGUUUACCCUCCGAAACAGAAGCGAGAGUAUGGACUCUUUAGCGACUCUGGGCCGCGGUAGUCAUCGCCCAAUCCACCGCAGAAAGACAUCUUAUGACAGUGACUCUGGAUCUCGCUACUCGCGGGAUAACACAGCCGGCUACAUUUCGGAAAAGGACCUCGCCGAACUCGCCGAAACACUCAGCCCCGAAUUCAGACAAAUGCGAAAUGAAGAAAAAGAAGAACUCAAGGAUUUGAAUAAUCGUUUCGCUACUUACAUCGAGCGCGUGCGCUACUUGGAGCAGCAGAACAAGCUGCUCGACGCGCAACUGCGCCAGAUCACCGUCAAGUACGACUCCAACUUGCCGGAAAUCUACGUCAACGAGCUCAGACGACUUAGACAGAUUACGGAAACGCUCAACAACGACAAAAGCUUAUUGGAAGCGGAGCUAGAACGACUCAGAUCUGAUGUACUCGAUCUCAGACAAGAACACAACUCGGCGGUGGGCGAGCGGGAAGAACUGGAACGGGAGUUGCGCAAUCUGCGGGAAAACGUAGACGAGUGCACCUUAACCCGCGUCGAUCUGGAGAGGAAGCUGCUCACCCUCCGCGAGGAACUAGAAUUUGAAAAUAUGGUGCACCAGGAGGUGGUGAACGAGCUGAAGGCGCAGUUGGUGACGGACCACGUGCGGGUGCAAGUGGACACUCAUGGACCGGACAUGUCCGAAUUGCUGCGCGACAUCAGAUCGCAGUACGAAAGCGCCGCCAAAAAGAACAGAGAAGAAGCCGAAGCCUGGUACAACUCAAAGCUCAACGACCUCAACAACCAAGUGUCCCGCGACGCCAAUCGGCUCAAAGAGUCGCAGUCCGAACUCACCGAAUAUCGAAACAAUCUUUCUUCACUCACUGCGCAGAUCGAGGCGCUCAGAAGCAACAAGGACUACCUGGAGCGACAGUUGGCCGAUGUCGAGGAUAGAUACCGCCGCGAGAUCACUUCCUACCAAGAGCAGAUCAGCAAUAUGACGAACGCGCUGGACAAGACGAAGACGGAAAUGACGGAACGACUGCACGAGUACCAAGAGCUUUUGGCGGUCAAAUUGGCGCUAGACUUCGAAAUCAACAUUCACCGAAAACUCCUCGAAGGCGAAGAAUCCCGACUUGCCCAUUCUUCCGACCGCGACGCUCACAUGUCUGGCCCCGUUUCUAUGCGAUACUCGGAAGACCACGAUUCGCGCUCUCGAAUCUCCAGCUACUUAUCACGUGAUUACUAA